GAAUGUAAAAUCCAACAAUUAACUAAUUGCGUUUCCCACCGCCUUAAUUGCAAACGCAAGGACGAAGGCGACCUCCCGCUUCCACGAAAACCGCCCCGAUGCCCCGCUACGAUGGCCCCGCCGUCAUCAUGUAUAUGGAAAGGUGGCUCUGGGGGCAUUACGGAGCACCUGAGGCAACCAAGGCAGAGAGAUCAAUAUACGCUAAGCUCAAAGGGGUAUAGGGCCAAAUUAAGGCCCGUGGUCAAUGUACUCAUAACCCUAGCCCAGCAGAUUUCCAAUAAACGGCAUGCACGGGCCAACUCUUAAAAAUGUAUCACAUUCGCCGAAUAUUUGUACAGGGGUAUCGAAUAUAUCGCCGCCCACCCUGCCAACAUCCCGACCUUUGCCGCUUCUGCAUCUUUUUCAACAUCCCCAAGGCAGAUUGUGCACGCCACCGCCUAUCACCAUGAGUAACCCCAGAUAUUUUGCGACUUUGUUUUUAGAACGCCUAGAAGCCUCACAGAUUCUUCUUGUCGAGUGGGAGACUACUCUCCUGAUACGUUUCGGCUAUCCUCUUGCGCCAAAUGGAAGCCGAUUUUUUCUUGUCCCUGACAGCCAGCUACAGAAAGUCGGCGAAAUUGCUGCGGAAUUAAGGCUAUCUCCUGUGGAUGAGAAUACUUUACGCUCAGUCUACCGUGCGAGAUGGCGGAGAUGACACUUCGCUACCUCAUCGACGACACGGCUUCUAGCCAAGGUCCGCCGCGACGAAUUAGCUGCGACGAGCUUGUACCGAUUAUGGUUGAUAAUGGCCUUCAGCCCACACUACCCAAUACUGUCCGGACAGUGCCUCUCCCGGUCGCAUGCGCCGCUUUCGUCCGAAUGGCUGCUCGCGAAAAACGCGCAAGUCGACUCCGCACUCGGAUAUUUGAGCAGCUUUCUAGCGUGAUCACGCAUAGCCUCUUUGACAUGAGCUACGAGGGAGAUUACAUGGAGUUUCCGCCGAAUGACUAG